UUGGAGGUGUGAGAGAGGGGCUGGAAGGAAGGACUGGAAGGGAGGCAAUCCAUGCUUGCUUAUGCAUAUGCUCUUUUUUUGGUGCUAAUUUUUUUAAUUGCAUGUCUGUAUUAAGUUGAGCCUAGCAACGCAAGGAUCUCACUGCAUUGGCUGUUGCACCACGUUGCUUCCAGUUUGGAUUGCUUUUUGGGGGGCAAUCAGCUUGGAUUGCCUUUUCUGUUAUUUAUUUUUUGAAAGCAUCCUAGGAAAUGGUGUGAACGAGGAAACUGGGAUUUGCAUUUUGGAGCAACCACUGAGUGGGCUUCUUCUGCUAUUCUAUUUUUGUUUUGUUUUGAGAGGACCCCCUUUCCCUUCCCUUCCUGCUGGCUGGUUUGCAUGCAGGGACCUGGCCCCUGGUGGCCCCCAUCCUCCUCCUAAAUGGAAAUACAAAACUCGGCUGGGACCCCCGGAUCCUUGUCCCCUGGUUACACUUCCUCGGUGCCAUACAAUUACAAUCAAUUAGAAGGAAGGUUCAAGCAGCUGCAAGAUGAACGGGAGGCAGUCCAGAAGAAGACAUUCACGAAGUGGGUUAACUCUCACUUGGCUCGUGUGUCCUGUAGGAUCACAGACUUGUACACUGAUCUUCGCGAUGGACGGAUGCUUAUCAAACUGCUGGAAGUUCUUUCGGGAGAGAGACUUCCCAAGCCAACAAAGGGAAGAAUGCGCAUCCACUGCUUGGAAAACGUUGACAAAGCCCUCCAGUUUCUGAAAGAGCAACGAGUGCAUCUUGAAAACAUGGGAUCUCAUGAUAUCGUGGAUGGGAACCACAGAUUAACUCUUGGCCUUAUUUGGACUAUUAUUUUGAGGUUCCAGAUUCAGGAUAUCAGUGUGGAAACCGAAGACAACAAGGAGAAGAAAUCUGCUAAGGAUGCGCUACUGCUGUGGUGCCAGAUGAAGACAGCUGGCUAUCCCAACGUCAACAUUCACAACUUCACCACCAGCUGGAGGGACGGCAUGGCUUUCAACGCACUAAUCCACAAACACAGGCCUGAUCUAAUUGAUUUUGAUAAGCUGAAGAAAUCAAAUGCACACUACAAUCUACAGAAUGCUUUUAACCUAGCAGAGCAGCACCUUGGCCUUACUAAACUCCUGGACCCAGAAGAUAUCAGUGUUGACCAUCCUGAUGAAAAGUCCAUCAUCACCUACGUGGUGACAUAUUACCACUACUUUUCUAAGAUGAAAGCACUAGCUGUUGAAGGAAAACGUAUCGGAAAGGUGCUUGACAAUGCCAUUGAAACAGAGAAGAUGAUUGAAAAGUACGAGUCCCUGGCUUCUGAUCUCCUCGAGUGGAUUGAGCAAACCAUCAUCAUCUUGAACAACCGCAAAUUUGCCAACUCGCUGAUUGGAGUGCAGCAGCAGCUACAAGCAUUCAACACCUAUCGCACAGUGGAGAAGCCACCCAAAUUCACAGAAAAAGGAAACCUUGAAGUCUUGCUUUUCACUAUCCAGAGCAAAAUGAGGGCUAACAAUCAGAAGGUGUACAUGCCCAGGGAAGGGAAGCUCAUCUCAGAUAUCAAUAAGGCCUGGGAAAGACUGGAAAAAGCUGAACAUGAAAGAGAACUGGCCCUGCGAAAUGAGCUCAUCCGACAGGAGAAACUGGAACAACUUGCCCGCAGGUUUGACCGCAAGGCAGCUAUGAGGGAGACGUGGCUGAGCGAAAACCAGCGUCUGGUUUCUCAGGAUAACUUCGGGUUUGACCUCCCAGCGGUGGAGGCUGCCACGAAAAAGCAUGAAGCUAUCGAAACUGACAUUGCGGCAUAUGAAGAAAGAGUGCAGGCAGUGGUUGCCGUUGCCAGGGAGCUUGAGGCUGAGAAUUACCAUGAUAUCAAGCGCAUCACCGCAAGGAAAGAUAACGUGAUCCGCCUAUGGGAGUAUCUCCUGGAACUGCUCAAGGCGCGCAGGCAACGGCUGGAGAUGAACCUUGGUCUGCAGAAGAUCUUCCAGGAAAUGCUGUACAUUAUGGAUUGGAUGGACGAGAUGAAGGUUUUGCUACUGUCUCAAGAUUAUGGAAAACAUCUCUUGGGGGUAGAAGACUUACUGCAGAAACAUGCACUUGUUGAAGCUGACAUUUCCAUUCAAGCUGAAAGAGUGAGAGGAGUCAAUGCAUCCGCUCAGAAAUUUGCCACAGAUGGAGAGGGUUACAAACCAUGUGACCCACAAGUUAUCAGAGACCGUGUGGCUCACAUGGAGUUUUGUUACAAAGAAUUAUGUCAGUUAUCGGCAGAACGCCGAGCUCGUUUGGAAGAAUCCCGGCGCUUAUGGAAGUUCUUCUGGGAAAUGGCUGAAGAGGAGGGAUGGAUAAGAGAAAAGGAGCAGAUCUUAUCAUCCGAUGACUAUGGAAAAGACUUAACCAGCAUCGUCCGGCUUCUCAGCAAACAUAAGGCAUUUGAAGAUGAAAUGAGUGGUCGGAGCAGCCACUUCCAACAGGCCAUCAAGGAAGGGGAAGAUAUGAUUGCUGAGGAUCACUUUGGUUCUGAGAAGAUCAGAGAGAGGAUUACAGACAUCCAGAAUCAGUGGGCUAACCUGGAACAGCUGUCGGCCUUCAGGAAGAAGCGCCUGGAAGAAGCAUCCCUCCUUCACCAAUUCCAAGCUGAUGCCGAUGACAUUGACACAUGGAUGUUGGACAUCCUCAAGAUUGUCUCCAGCAGUGAUGUUGGCCAUGAUGAGUAUUCCACGCAGUCCUUGGUUAGGAAACACAAAGAUGUCGCUGAAGAGAUUGCAAGCUACAGGUCGAUCAUUGAUUCUCUUCACGAACAAGCCAGAGCCCUGCCACAGGAACAUGCAGAGUCAACAGAUGUGAAGAACAGGCUGGUGGGAAUAGAAGAGAGGUUCAAAGAGGUUGCUGAACUCACACGGCUGCGUAAGCAAGCCCUGCAGGACACCUUGGCUCUGUACAAGAUGUUCAGUGAGGCAGAUGCUUGCGAGCUUUGGAUUGAUGAGAAGGAGCAAUGGCUAAACAACACAGAGAUCCCUGAGAAACUAGAAGACCUGGAAGUGAUCCAGCACAGAUUUGAAAGUCUAGAACCAGAAAUGAACAAUCAAGCCUCACGUGUUGCUGUGGUUAACCAGAUUGCUAGACAACUGAUACACAAUGGACAUCCAAAUGAAAAGGAAAUCAAAGCGCAGCAAGAUAAGCUCAAUACAAGGUGGAGUCAGUUCAGAGAACUAGUGGACAUAAAGAAGGAUGCUCUCCUCUCAGCUCUCAGUAUCCAGAACUAUCACCUUGAAUGUAAUGAAACCAAAUCUUGGAUCAGGGAGAAGACUAAAGUUAUUGAAUCCACCCAAGAGCUUGGCAAUGAUCUGGCUGGAGUUAUUGCUCUUCAGAGGAAGCUGACCGGAAUGGAACGUGACUUGGUUGCUAUUGAGGCCAAGCUAAGCGACCUCCAGAAAGAGGCAGAGAAGUUAGAGUCGGAACAUCCUGACCAAGCUCAAGCCAUACUGUCUCGGCUUGCUGAAAUUAGUGAUGUUUGGGAAGAGAUGAAAACCACCCUGAAGAACCGCGAAGAAUCCCUCGGAGAGGCUAGCAAGCUGCAGCAGUUCUUGCGUGACCUGGAUGACUUCCAGUCCUGGCUGUCCCGUACCCAGACUGCCAUUGCCUCGGAAGACAUGCCGAACACGCUGACGGAAGCAGAGAAACUGCUCACGCAGCAUGAGAAUAUUAAGAAUGAAAUCAACAAUUAUGAGGAAGACUAUCAGAAAAUGCGGGACAUGGGUGAGAUGGUCACACAAGGGCAGACAGAUGCUCAGUAUAUGUUCUUGCACCAGCGCCUGCAAGCCUUGGACACUGGAUGGAAUGAGCUGCACAAAAUGUGGGAGAACCGGCAGAAUCUUCUCUCCCAGUCCCAUGCCUACCAGCUCUUCCUCAGAGACACAAAGCAAGCAGAAGCCUUUCUUAACAACCAGGAAUAUGUUUUGGCACAUACUGAAAUGCCCACCACUUUGGAAGGAGCAGAAGCUGCUAUCAAGAAACAAGAGGAUUUCAUGACCACAAUGGAUGCCAACGAGGAGAAGAUCAAUGCUGUUGUAGAAACUGGAAGGAGACUAGUCAGUGAUGGCAACAUCAACUCCGAUAGGAUCCAAGAGAAAGUGGAUUCCAUUGAUGACAGACAUAAGAAGAAUCGUGAGGUGGCUAGUGAACUUCUGAUGAGAUUGAAAGACAACAGAGAUCUUCAGAAGUUUCUUCAGGAUUGCCAAGAGCUUUCCCUCUGGAUUAAUGAGAAGAUGCUUACAGCACAGGACAUGUCUUAUGAUGAAGCAAGGAACCUGCAUAGCAAGUGGCUGAAACACCAGGCCUUCAUGGCAGAGCUUGGUUCCAAUAAAGAAUGGCUGGACAAAAUUGAAAAGGAAGGGAUGCAGCUUAUUGCUGAGAAACCUGAAACAGAAGCAGUAGUAAAAGAGAAGCUUACCAGUCUGCACCAGAUGUGGGAAGUACUCGAAAGCACCACCCAGACCAAAGCUCAGCGGCUGUUUGAUGCCAACAAGGCUGAGCUCUUCACUCAGAGUUGUGCAGACUUGGACAAGUGGCUGCAUGGCUUGGAGAGCCAGAUACAGUCCGAUGACUAUGGCAAGGAUCUCACCAGCGUCAAUAUCCUGCUGAAGAAACAACAGAUGCUUGAGAACCAAAUGAACGUACGUAAGAAGGAGAUUGAGGAGCUGAAGAGUCAGGCCCAAGCACUGAGCCAGGAGGGCAAGAGUACAGAUGAGGUGGAUGGACAACGCAUCAUUGUAGAGAAGAAGUUUGUGGAGCUGCUAGCACCUUUGACUGAGAGGAAGUCUCACCUCCUGGCUUCCAAAGAGAUCCAUCAGUUCAACCGGGAUGUGGAGGAUGAAAUUUUGUGGGUUGGAGAAAGAAUGCCUAUUGCCACUUCUACAGAUCAUGGUCACAACCUUCAGACUGUUCAGCUGUUAAUUAAGAAGAAUCAGACACUUCAGAAGGAAAUCCAGGGACACCAGCCUCGGAUCGACGACGUUUUUGAGAGGAGCCAAAACAUUGUCACGGACAGCAGCCUUAAUGCCGAAGCAAUCCAGCAGCGCCUUGCAGACUUGCAGCAGCUGUGGAACCUCCUGAUAGAGGAGACCGAGAAACGCCACAAGCGCCUUGAGGAGUCCCACAAAGCUCAGCAGUACUACUUCGAUGCCGCAGAGGCCGAAGCGUGGAUGAGCGAGCAGGAACUCUACAUGAUGUCCGAAGAGAAGGCCAAGGAUGAACAAAGUGCAGUCUCUAUGCUGAAGAAGCACCAGAUUUUGGAGCAAGCUGUAGAAGAUUAUGCUGAAACAGUGCACCAGCUCUCUAAGACGAGCAGGACUUUGGUUGCAGACAAUCAUCCAGAGAGCGAGCGCAUCAGCAUGCGGCAAUCCAAGGUGGACAAGCUGUAUGCAGGCUUGAAAGACCUCUCUGAGGAACGGCGAGGCAAGCUGGAUGAGAGGCACAGGCUCUUCCAGCUGAACCGCGAAGUCGAUGACUUGGAACAGUGGAUCGCAGAAAGGGAAGUGGUGGCCGGAUCCCACGAACUGGGACAAGAUUAUGAACACGUGACAAUGUUGCAAGAGCGGUUCCGCGAAUUUGCCCGAGACACUGGGAACAUUGGGCAGGAACGCGUUGACGCCGUAAACCACAUGGCUGAUGAGCUCAUCAAUUCUGGACACUCAGACGCUGCCACCAUCGCUGAGUGGAAGGACGGUCUCAAUGAGGCCUGGGCGGACCUCCUGGAACUCAUUGACACAAGAACACAGAUCCUGGCAGCCUCCUACGAACUGCAUAAAUUCUACCAUGAUGCCAAGGAGAUCUUUGGACGGAUACAGGACAAACACAAGAAACUGCCCGAGGAGCUGGGGAGGGAUCAAAACACAGUGGAAACUUUACAGAGGAUGCAUACAACAUUUGAACAUGACAUUCAAGCCUUAGGAACGCAGGUGAGACAACUGCAGGAAGAUGCUGCCCGCCUUCAGUCUGCCUAUGCUGGAGAUAAGGCAGAUGACAUCCAGAGGCGUGAAAAUGAGGUUCUGGAUGCAUGGAAGGCCUUGCUUGAUGCCUGUGAAGGGCGCAGGGUCAAGCUCGUAGAUACCGGUGACAAAUUCCGCUUCUUCAGCAUGGUUCGCGAUCUCAUGCUUUGGAUGGAGGAUGUCAUCCGCCAGAUUGAAGCCCAGGAGAAGCCAAGGGAUGUUUCCUCUGUGGAAUUGCUGAUGAACAAUCACCAGGGGAUCAAAGCAGAAAUAGAUGCCCGCAACGACAGCUUCACAACUUGCAUUGAGCUGGGCAAAUCAUUGCUAGCAAGGAAACACUAUGCGUCAGAAGAGAUCAAAGAAAAGCUGCUGCAGUUGACAGAAAAAAGAAAAGAAAUGAUUGACAAAUGGGAAGAUAGAUGGGAGUGGCUGAGGCUGAUUUUGGAAGUGCACCAGUUCUCAAGGGAUGCCAGCGUUGCCGAAGCCUGGCUACUGGGGCAGGAGCCAUACUUGUCGAGCCGUGAGAUAGGGCAAAGCGUGGACGAAGUGGAAAAACUGAUCAAGAGGCACGAAGCAUUUGAAAAAUCUGCAGCAACUUGGGAUGAGAGAUUUUCAGCGCUUGAAAGACUUACUACGUUGGAAUUGUUAGAAGUACGUCGGCAGCAAGAGGAGGAAGAGCGGAAGAGACAGCCUCCUUCUCCAGAACCAAGCCCCAAAACUGGAGAGGAGUCUCAAUGGGACGGUACAAAAGGAGAACAGGUUUCCCAGAAUGGUUUGCCACCAGAUCAAGAAUCUCCCCGGGUUAGUUACCGCUCCCAAACCUACCAAAACUACAAAAACUUUAAUAGCAGAUGGACAGCUAGCGACCGGCCUCGGUCUGGACUCUGAGACACAAUGCUAUUUGCAGGAGGCCAUUGCCUGCUUUUCUUUCAGUUUCGCUUUAGUUUUGAUGGCCUUCAUGUCCCCUUUACUUUCUGUCCCCACCAACGCCCGCAGCCUGUUCAGCUUUUAUUUAAUGAGUAGCCACCACACACACCCAGCGACCCAUUCUCUUGACCAUAUGUAUUCUUCCUUGAUUUUAAUGCUUCAAAUGCCUUCAGGCCCUUGGUUGCACUGCGACACCGCUUUUCUUUCAUGACCGUUUGUUGUGAGUUUUUUUCCAUGUUGUUAAUAGCCUUGAGAUCUUUGCAGCGAAAGCCAUCUCUUUCUGUGAGUAAUUGAAAUUUAAUGAGAUUUCAUCAUAAUGGAAGACAAGAACUUAGAGACUUGACAGGUAUGAUGCUUCUAGCUAUACUAACAGAAUUGAAUCUCACAGUGCUAGCAAACCAGCUGCCCUAUAAGCAAAUGCAUUACGGAUGUAAUCCAAAUUUUAGAGACAGGAGGCACUUUGCAGAAGAGCUGGAGAGGGGACGAUGAGUUAAAAGUAAAACAGGGAAUGGGCACACUGCGGUUGGUGAUCUGUCUGUGUCACUUUGCCCAUUUUUGACACCCCAGUGUCCUCUCCUCCCAUCUCAAAAAUCAGCUCCCCAAAGCCUCCAAGUGGAGUAUUUCACCGUUUAGUCCCAGUUUUUAUUUCAUGGCACCAAUGAGCUUAAAACAGGAUUAUGAGUACAGGAAUGGCCCCGGGUAGCUAGUCACAAUUCCCACAAACGCAAGUGAUGACAUUUAGCCAGCUUGCUGUUUUUUUGCAAAUGCUAUUUGGAAUGGGAAAAAUGGGAGUAUAAGGUGUAUAUAUCUCUCUAAGGUUCAAGAGUAGCAGAUUUGGCCUCUGUCCCUGAAGAUUGCCCAACCCUGUCCUAAAAAUAAAUUAACAUUCCAGUAAUAUGAUCCAGAGAAAUAAGAUGAAAUAGUAGAUGCUCCAAAUUAAUAGGCAACCAUAUAUUUGACUUUGCUUUCAAGUGUCAUUUUUGCCUAACUGUAGGGGACCCUAUUGUUCCCAUAAUGCACUGUUCUAACCCUCCAGAUAUAAAAUGUAAAAAUCAGUCAUUCUAUAUGAAAUAAUCUCCCUGGAAAUCAGUGGAAAUUCUCAAAAUGUCCCACUUGUAUACCCCUACAGCAGUGGUUCUCAACUUGUGGGUCCCCAGCAGUUUUGGCCUUCGAUUCCCAGAAAUCUUAACAGCUGGUAAACUGGCUGGGAUUUCUGAGAGUUACAGGCCAAAAACAUCUGGGGACCCCACAUUGAGAACCACUGCUCUAAAAGAAGGGCAUGUGAUUUGAGGUGCAGGGAGCAAUCCUUGUAGGUGUAGGAUGCUAAACAGCCAGAGACUGCAUUUACAUGUUUCCUUCAGCCAAAAAUUCUAGUUUAGUGAACAAGUUGCGUGAUGGUAUGUUUUACCCAUCCACAUCUACCAUCAUAAAACAGAAAGGAAAGGUUGAGAUUGUUCACAAACCUGGAAAUAUAGGUUAAUAGUGGACCUUCCACAGAUAUAUAAGCCACCCUUGCUUAGUUUUCCAAUAUACCUCACAACCUCCUGAGGACGUCAGGAGAGAAUGCUUCUGGAACAUGGCCAUACAGCCCGGGGAAUGCACAACAACCCUAUGAGUAAAUACACCCAAAGAUGCCAAUCUUUGUAAACUACCAGUCAGCCAAUUGACUUCUUGAAGUCUCUGAGCAUAUUUAAAAUUAAGCCCUUUAACCCCUUCCUUUCUGGCUUGUUUACCUGCUCCCAUGAGCUGCAAGCAUCAACACGCAGUUAGUACAUGUGGUGGUUUAUUCAGCCAGAAUAUCUGACAAAAUUUGGCCAUAAAGGGAAUAGAGUGGAUGUUCUGUUUUUGUACACAGGCUUUCAGGCCACAGGAGUAAGCCUUACUGAAAAUCUUAACAUCAUUUCAUAGUUGAAUUUUAAAACUUCUUCUCAUUGUUUCUAGCUUUCUUUCCCAGAGGAGGAAGCACAGAUUAGGAAAGUAGUUGACAGUGGGCAGUGUGAUGUUCAUCACACUGACAUCAAUUAAGUAGUAGUAUAGAUUGGACUACAACUCUGGAGGCCAGUGUUGAAUCCCUGCUUGUUCAUGAAAAUCCACUUUGGGAAGUCAUACCCUUUCAACCUCAGAGGAUGGCAAUGGCAACCUCGCCCUGAACAAACUUUGUCAAGAAAACCUGAUAAGGUCUCCAGAAAUCAGAUGGCUCAAAGGCACACAACAGCAAUGCUGGCGUUAUCUCAUGUUACCCUUAUAGCAGUUCAGUAAGGUAGCCACUUUCUGAAGACCAUGCCAUGGGUUUCAAGAAUGAUACAUUCAGUAAAGAAAUAUCUGGGUGCAGUUACACUUGAGAUGGGGAUGGAGGUGGAUUUCCAGAUGUUGUUGGACUCAAACUCUCAGCUGUCCUAGCUGACAUAGACAAUAGUGAGGAAUGUUGAAAAUUGCAGCCCAACAACAUCUGGAGGCUCACAUGAUUCCCAUUGGUUUAUCUGUACUCUCCAGGGAAUCUUAAGAAAUGCAGUUCUGUCAAAGAGUGUUUAGUUCUUUCCAUAAUUCUAUAUGCAGAGCCUUGGUGUUGUAAUUAGUGAUGAGGAAAAUCUAAAAAUAAUGUAGCUGGAUUCAUGUCAGAAUGUCAUUAAGUGAUGCCACCAAAUGAAACUGAAAACACAUUGUAAUCUAGUGUCCAAUCCACUUGGCAACAUAUGCAGAUCAUAUUAACAUAUCCACAAUUUAUUUUUUAAAAUCCUAUUUGAUUGCCUUUGAGCUUGAAUAAUGAAAAAGAUGGUUAAAAAUUACAUAACUAGGGGUUUACUAAUCAUGCAUAUUGAGGACUAUGAGAGCAAGGCAAGGCCAUUGGGUAAUUCCCAUUGUUCAGUGAUUCUCAAUCUGUGGGUCUCUAUAUGUUUUGGCCUACAACUCCCAGUUAUUCCAGCCACUUUACCAGCUGUUAGGAUUUCUAGUUGAAGGCCAAAACAUUUGGAGACCCACAGGUUGAGAACCACUGCCAUAGUUGAACACAUAUAGGUGGAGUAUUAAGAAACACUGGGAUUCCUGAGAAUUUCUCCUAGCUUAAUCGUUUUGCACUACGUAUUAUGAUCUUUCUAUUUUAAAAAGUAUUUCUGUUCUAAUCUUCACUAUGAAUAAGGACUAGUUUCUGUCAUUUAUCGUUAACUAGCCUCAUGCACUACAUGUGUUUUCUCUUUGUCAUUCAUUAGAUUUACCAGAAAAUGUUAAAAGCAUAUCUGGCAAAACAUGGAAAGAGUAGGAAUUGUAUACUUUCAUGCAACCAUUUCUUUCUUCAUUAUCAUGAGCAUCUUUCUCAAUUUUUUUCUUUUUCUCUCUUGUCAGGAUAUCAGCAUAUAGCACCUUAAUGCUUUUUUAGUUUUCCUUUUUUCAAUGUAUUUAUAUUUGUUUUGGUGUUUCCAUUACGCCAGUGUUCCGUCUCCCCCACCCCGCUCAAAGUGCAUUAAAGAAUACAAAAAUUGAA